CGUCUUCAUCGAUUUUGGCCAUAUUUGUGUUUGGGCUGAGAAAUGUCUUCGAAACUGAUAUCAUCGUCGUUCCACAGCACGUCCCUCAACGACUGCUUCAAAGUAGGCGCGUUUGAGAGACGUUUGGAUGCACUCCUUGCCGAUUUGCAGAACAGCGUGCCGGGACAGCCGGCACAGUCGCAGCCACAAUACGGAACUGUUCAGCCCAAACCGCAGCAGCAGCAGCAGCAGCAACAAUUUGUGGACAACACGCCCGGCUAUGGGAGCCUGAGGGGCAAGGCGCAGCCACAAGUGUAUCAGGAGCAUUAUAGCGUUGAGACCCGCUCCCCAACGGCUGCCGACUUUAAUGGCAGCAGCAGCCAGCAGAGCAAUGGCUAUCAGAAUCAUCAAGCCACCGGCUCACUGCCCCGUCAGCCCUACAAGAAUGGACAGGGUGGCGCGCAGAAUAGCUCUGGUUUGUCAGAGCUCGACUCCCUGCUGCAAGAUUUGCAGAAUGCACGCUACAACAACUCGGCCACAGAGCGAAAGGAUGUGGAUGUGCCUGUCAAUUACAGUUCGCCGGCGUCCAAAUACAACACCUUCAACAGCUAUACGUCCGUCGAGGAGCGACCCACUGUGGAUAGCUUGCUCAAUGAGCUGGACACUGCCCACAUCUAUGCGGUGCCAAAUGGAUCUGCACACAAGUCUCCGACGCCAGGACGACAUGUUACAAUCACUGUGCGCGAAACGAAGACCGAGAAGCUCUCGGGACCAGAUGGACCAGUUGGUUCCAUUGAGGAGCAGAUUGUGCAACAGAAGGAAUCGUAUUCACCAAAUCUUGCAGCGCCAGCACCUCAGCAUCAAGGCUACACAUCGCAGGCCACCAAGGAAUUGGAUGAUUUAAUGGCAUCUCUGUCUGACUUCAAGGUCAACAGCAGCAGCGCCAGCAACAUCAAUAGCAACAGCAACGGUUACGACCAGCAAACGGCAGGAAGCGCGCAACAGUUGCAACAGCAGCAGCAUCAUCAUCAUUAUCAGCAGCAUCAGCAGCCGCAGGUGACGGACUACGCACAGCCAAACAGGGGCACACAGCAGGCGCAUCUGACGCAAACGAUCGAGGAGACAACGAUUGUCCAGGAGGAGGACGAUAAUCGCGAGGAUCAAUUGGAUUCUAUGCUUGGCAAUCUACAGGCCAAUAUGAGUCGUCAAGGUGUCAAUACGGUGCAGAAGGGCUGCUGCAAUGCAUGCGAGAAGCCAAUUGUUGGCCAGGUGAUUACAGCAUUGGGCAAGACCUGGCAUCCGGAGCACUUUACGUGCAAUCACUGCAGUCAGGAGCUGGGCACACGCAACUUCUUUGAGCGGGACGGUUUCCCCUAUUGCGAACCGGACUAUCACAAUCUGUUCAGUCCACGUUGCGCCUACUGCAACGGCGCCAUUCUCGAUAAGUGUGUGACGGCCCUGGACAAGACCUGGCACACGGAGCACUUCUUUUGCGCCCAGUGUGGCCAGCAGUUUGGCGAGGAUGGCUUCCAUGAGCGGGAUGGCAAACCCUAUUGCCGCACCGAUUACUUUGAGAUGUUUGCCCCCAAAUGCAAUGGCUGCAAUCGUGCCAUCAUGGAGAACUAUAUCUCUGCCCUGAACUCGCAGUGGCAUCCCGAUUGCUUUGUCUGCCGGGAUUGCAAGAAGGCUGUGCGUGGCAAGUCCUUCUAUGCCAUGGAGGGCAAGCCCGUCUGUCCGCAGUGUGUGGGCGUUGACGAGGAGGAGUAAGCAAACAGCAGCAGCAGCAACAGCAACAGCAGCAGCAGCAACUUGUUGAAGUUCAGCAGCACGAAAAUAGCCCCCGCCUAGAUACAAAAAAUUGUUGUAUCUUUAUCCACCCAGCGUCAGCUGCGUGCCAUUUUCUCACUCACAGAACGCAAUCAGAACACGGUCUCUCUUCACAUCUCUCGGGGCUAUUUUCGUUGAAAGUGUGCACAUUUUUGUGUGUGUUCACCCUUGCCGCGAUUUGUUGCCACCUGCCAUCCAGCAGCAACACACACGGCUACACAUCAGCAACAACAACAACAACAACAACGUCUAAAGGAGCAGCAGAAUCUCCCAUUUUUUUUUUGUGUAUUUGUUUCGGCCCCGGCGUCGGUUCUCCUCUGGGAACGGUGUACGGCUGACCACCAGGCAACUGGGCAGGUCGGCUGUUUGCCGCCUACAAGAACCGUACGCUCCUCUUUCACCUCCCUUGUUUAUGAAAAUGCCACCACCCCUCUGCGCCCCCUUUGUAUGUGUGGCCCCUUGUUGAGAGUCUCCCCCCCACGCCCCCUUUUGAAAACUGUUGAACUUUUCUAUGUAUGCAAAUUUAGUCUUAAGGUUUUUAGGUAUUUUUUAAAUUUAAACAUUUAUGAAGCAAUAUUGUAAUUUGUUUUUGUAAAUAAAAUUUAAAUAAUUAUAAAAAAACAAAACAACACACAAAAAAAACAACAAAAAAAAAACAAAUAAAAACACAACC